AUGGGUUCACAAGCGGCCACCGCGGCGGAUGUACCCGCCGAGAGCACCGAUCUCAGCCGUGAAUAUGAUACGCCCAUGGGCCUCGCCCACACCACCAUGCAGGCCCUCAAGGACCGCAUCAAGCUGCACUACGACCUGGCCAGUGACUACUAUGUCAGUCUGUGGGGCGAGCACAUCCACCAUGGCUACUGGCCCACGGACGAGUCCAAAGCCAAGGAGAGCAAGGAGACUGCCCAAACCAACUUGAUCCGCCUGUUGCUGUCCAUCUCCGGGCUGGACAAGGACAAGCCGGACAGUGGAGCCAAAGAGCUGUCGGUCCUGGACGUAGGGUGCGGUGUCGGCGGGACAUCGCGCUACCUCGCCUCCGACCUCGGCGCGCGCGUCACGGGCAUUACCAUCUCGACGCGGCAGGUCGAGCUGGCCACGAAGCUGGCCGAACAGCUGGCCACCGAGGGCACGGCCCCGACGCCCGCUCCCGCUGCUGCUGCUGCUGCGGACGGCUUCCUUGCCGUCGGCAAGGGCCACGUCCGGUUCCUCGAGCUCGACGCCGAAAAGAUGGGCGCGUACUUUGCUGCCGACGCCGACCGGUUUGACGUGGUCUGGAUCAGCGAGGCCCUCAGCCAUUUCCCGGACAAGGCCCUCUUCUUUCGCAACGCCUACCGCGUCCUGAAGCCCGGCGGCAAGCUCGUCCUCGCCGACUGGUUCAAGGCCGAGGGGCUCGACACGGCGGCGUUUGACAACGACAUCAAGCCCAUUGAGGACGGCAUGCUGCUGCCGCCCAUGUGCACGCAGGCCGGCUACGUCCAGCUCGCCACGGAGGCCGGGCUGCGGGUCCUGGCCCCGCCCAAGGACAUUUCCAACGACGUCAAACAGACUUGGGACCUCUCGUGGGCACUGGUCCAGAAGCCGGCGCUGUGGGCGUUUGCGCUGAGCCAGGGCCGCGACGGUAUUGCCUUUUUGCAGGCCUUCCGGGCCAUGCGGCGCGGGUACGCCAAUGGCACGUUCCGGUACGCCGUCAUGAGUUUUGAAAAAUGA